AGCAUAACAGUGCCUUUUCCUUUUGACCUAUUGGUGAGGAAGCUCUCUAAAGUGCAAGAUCCACAAUUUUUCAUAGAAACGUGGUUCCUGGAAGCUCCCCUCUGAGGAGAAGGGAAGUGGCCCUUCAGAGCUCAAAGGGUUUGGUAGCAAAUCCGCAGAGUGCCCAGUAAAACUUCCUAUGCUGGUGGAUGGGACCUUUCGAAGAUGGUUUGGUUGCCUUGGAGACUUGGAGAUCUGAUGCCACGAUGAGGACUCACACACGGGGGGCUCCCAGUGUGUUUUUCAUAAAUUUGCUUUGCUUCGUGUCAGCCUACAUCACCGACGAGAACCCAGAAGUCAUGAUUCCCUUCGCCAGUGCCAACUAUGACAGCCACCCGAUGCUGUACUUCUCCAGGACAGAGGUGGCUGAGCUCCAGCUCAAGGCCGCCAGCUCCCACAAGCACAUUGCAGCCAGGCUCACGGAGGCUGUGCACACUAUGCUGUCUAAUCGCUUGGACUACCUCCCUCCCUGGGAUCCCAAGGAGUACAGUGCCCGCUGGAAUGAAAUCUAUGGAAACAACUUGGGUGCCUUGGCAAUGUACUGCGUGCUGUAUCCAGAGAACAUUGAAGCCCGAGACAUGGCCAGAGACUACAUGGAAAGAAUGGCGGCGCAGCCUAGUUGGUUGGUAAAAGACGCCCCUUGGGAUGAAGUUCCCCUUGCUCACUCCCUGGUGGGUUUCGCCACUGCCUAUGACUUCUUAUACAACUACCUGAGCAAGAUACAGCAGGAGAAGUUUCUUGAAGUGAUUGCCAAUGCCUCGGGCUAUAUGUAUGAAACCUCAUAUAGGAGAGGGUGGGGAUUUCAGUACCUGCACAACCACCAGCCCACCAACUGCAUGGCCUUGCUCACAGGAAGCCUCGUUCUCAUGAACCAAGGGUACCUUCAAGAGGCUUACUUGUGGACCAAGCAAGUUCUGACCAUCAUGGAGAAAUCUCUGGUCUUGCUCCGAGAGGUGACAGAUGGCUCCCUCUACGAAGGAGUUGCUUAUGGCAGUUACACCACCAGAUCGCUAUUCCAGUACAUGUUUCUCGUUCAGAGGCACUUUGACAUCAACCACUUUGGCCAUCCGUGGCUUAAGCAACACUUUGCAUUUAUGUAUAGGACCAUCUUGCCAGGGUUUCAAAGAACUGUGGCUAUUGCAGACUCAAAUUACAACUGGUUUUAUGGUCCAGAAAGUCAAUUAGUGUUUCUGGAUAAAUUUGUCAUGCGUAAUGGGAGUGGAAAUUGGCUGGCUGACCAAAUCAGAAAGAACCGUGUGGUAGAAGGUCCAGGCACACCAUCCAAAGGGCAGCGCUGGUGCACUCUACACACGGAAUUUCUCUGGUAUGAUGCCAGCUUGAAAUCAGUUCCUCCUCCGGAUUUCGGCACCCCAACACUGCAUUAUUUUGAAGACUGGGGCGUUGUGACUUAUGGAAGUGCACUGCCUGCAGAAAUUAAUAGAUCUUUCCUUUCCUUCAAGUCGGGAAAACUUGGGGGACGUGCAAUAUAUGACAUUGUCCACAGAAACAAAUACAAAGAUUGGGUCAAAGGAUGGAGAAAUUUUAAUGCAGGGCAUGAACAUCCUGAUCAAAACUCCUUCACUUUUGCUCCCAAUGGCGUGCCUUUCAUUACCGAGGCGCUCUACGGGCCAAAGUACACCUUCUUCAACAACGUUCUCAUGUUUUCCCCAGCUGUGUCUAAGAGCUGCUUUUCUCCCUGGGAGGGUCAGGUCACAGAAGAUUGUUUAUCAAAAUGGUCAAAAUACAAGCACGACCUGGCAGCUAGCUGUCAGGGGAGAGUAGUUGCUGCAGCGGAGAAAGAUGGGGUUGUUUUCAUCCGAGGAGAGGGUGUGGGAGCAUAUAACCCCCAGCUCAACCUGAAGAACGUUCAGAGGAAUCUGAUCCUCCUACACCCACAGCUUCUUCUCUUGGUAGACCAGAUACACCUGGGAGAGGAGAGUCCCGUGGAGACAGCAGCGAGUUUCUUCCACAAUGUGGAUGUUCCUUUUGAGGAGACGGUGGUAGAUGGAGUCCACGGGGCUUUUAUCAGGCAGCGAGAUGGUCUCUAUAAAAUGUACUGGAUGGAUGAUACUGGCUACAGUGAGAAAGCAACCUUUGCCUCAGUGACUUAUCCUCGGGGCUAUCCCUACAAUGGGACAAACUAUGUGAAUGUCACCAUGCACCUCCGAAGUCCCAUCACCAGGGCAGCUUACCUCUUCAUAGGGCCAUCUGUGGAUGUGCAGAGUUUCAGCAUCCACGGAGACUCCCAGCAGCUAGAUGUGUUCAUAGCCACCAGUGAACAUGCCUAUGCAACUUACCUGUGGACAGGUGAGAGCACAGGGCAGUCUGCCUUUGCACAGGUCAUUGCAGAUCGACAGAAAAUUUUGUUUGACCGGAACUCGGCCAUCAAGAGCACCACUGUACCUGAGGUGAAAGACUACGUUGCUAUUGUGGAACGGAACCUGCAGCAUUUUAAGCCAGUGUUCCAGCUGCUAGAGAAGCAGAUUCUGUCCCGAGUCCGGAACACAGCUAGCUUUAGGAAGACUGCUGAGCGCUUGCUGAGGUUUUCAGAUAAGAGACAGACAGAAGAGGCCAUUGACAGGAUUUUUGCCAUAUCCCAGCAGCAGCAGCAGCAACAAGGCAAGUCAAAAAAACACAGAAGGGUGGACAAACGCUACAAAUUUGUGGAUGCUGGCCCUGAUAUCUUUGCACAGAUUGAAGUCAAUGAGAAAAAGAUUCGACAGAAAGCUCAGAUUUUGGCACAGAAAGAACUGCCCAUAGAUGAAGAUGAAGAAAUGAAAGACCUUUUAGAUUUUGCAGAUGUCACAUAUGAAAAACAUAAAAACGGGGGCUCUGUGAACGGCCGCUUUGGCCAGGCACGCAUGGUGACUGCAACUCACAGCAGAGCCCGGUCACUGUCAGCAUCAUACACCAGACUCUUCUUGAUUCUGAACAUCGCAAUCUUCUUUGUCAUGCUGGCGAUGCAACUGACCUACUUCCAAAGGGCUCAGAGCCUGCAUGGCCAAAGGUGUCUUUACGCAGUGCUCCUUGUGGACAGCUGUGUCUUACUGUGGUUGUAUUCCUCUUGUUCCCAGUCACAGUGUUAGCGCUCAAACCUUGGUCACUUUAUGAUCAUGAGAAGUCUAUGCAAACAACAGUCACUGCCCCAAUUUGUUAUAAUUUUUUCCCAGACUCAUUUGGGCAAGGUAAGGGAAAACAUCUUCACACUUCCUAGUGGAGAAGUCUGAACUGGAUCAGGCAAAGAAUUUGUCUAAAGUGCAAAAUGCCUAUCAGCCCCCUAGCUUUGCUGAUUUACCAGACAAGUCUGUUCUUUAAGUGAUAUUUUUCUUAAUAUAAACAAAACCAAUUUAGAUAGUAUUGGGCUUUGUUAUCAUUAAUUUAAUGCUGUUAGAAGCUUUCAGUACUAUGUUAUGGAAUGUACUGAGAUACACAAUUUCCAGAAAUACAGGCCUUUAAAAUAUGAAUGGUAGGAAUUAUGGUUAUAGGAAUUGGAUCACUAUUCAGAUACCGUGGUAAAAUUAUGUCAGAAGAUCAUUAAAAAGCUAAAUAAAUAUUUUUAAUAGGAAAUGUACAGAUGAACAUUUCCUUGAUGGUCUCUGCAGGUAUGUAAUUUGUUACUUUUAUUCAUUCAUUGCUUUUUCAAUAAAUAACACAUAACUGAAGUUUAUAUUUUCUUUCUGUGGAAAAUGUUUGUAGACCCAAUGAUUAGACUUUUCAAAAUAAACUAUUUUAUAUCCUGUAUUUGAAUACCAAAGGACAUAGGAACUCUGAAAUUUGGGUAUGAUUCUUAAUGUUUUUAUUAGAAAACUUUCAUCAAGUUUAUUUUGCUAAAUAAACCAGUCAUGACUAUGAUACUGUU